AUGCAACCGUGCAAGACAGUCGGUUCGGCCGCCAUGAAUCUCAACAGUUUGGAGUGCAUCCCAUCUUUGGCAGCACCUGACUUUGCUCAGGAUGCACCUGUCGGCAUUGAGAAUUGCACUCAGUUCUCACGUCAGAUCAAUUCAGCGUGGGGAGAGCAGCUGGUGAGCGAUCGCAAGUUUGUGGUUGAAACGCUGGCAGGAGGUAAGGCUCCUGGGACUGGGGACCGAGGAUGGGAGGCAGGAGUGACUGAGCACGCCAAGCGAAGAGACCAGAUACUGAGUGAGAAGGAACGAGCCAUCCAGCUAACGCUGUUUUACAAGGAUGGCAUUGAUCCAGAGGUCUUCCAACUGUUUGUGGAUUUGAAAGACUGGCCGUUUUGUUUUCCAUCACACUUCUCCAUGAUCAGUAAGAUCUGCAGCGUUUCUGAAAAGGAUUUGGCCCUUUUCCAGCGAUAUGAGGAUGGGCAUUGGAUCAACUAUGACCAAAAGAUCUGCAUUCAUCACGAUGAACACCUGAUAUUGCGAUUGCCAGGUGUCAGACAGUGCACCGGUUUUGAGGGGAAAAAACGUUCACGUACGCCAUCCAUAUCUGGAGAGAGUGCGGCUACAGAUCAGCCUAGCCCAAUGAAGACUCUGCGCUCAUUGAAGGGACUUGCAAUACCCUCUUCCAGUCUGCCACCGAGCCCAGUUAAAGCUCUUACGGCUGGGGUGCAAGUUAUCGAUAUUGAUUCCAACAAAGACAAUGAUGAUGAGGUCAUCUUGAUACCAAGGCCAUCUGGUUUAGCAGAAGCAGCAUGCUCACUUCCUGCUGCGACAAAUCGCUCCCUUGCAAAUGCUGCAUCCAGUCGUAGCAGAGAAAAUGGUUGGCCGUUCAUGUGGGCGAUUGAUCAGCAUGAGUGCUUUGCUCAAGUGGAGGCUCUAGUUGGAAAAAAGGAUAUUAAAGUGAGAGAGGCGUUUCUAGAGGUUGUACCUCAAGUGACUCGAUGGGUAGAAGCGACGUGGAACCGGCAUUAUAGCGCAUGGAGGCACAUUAAAAACAAUCCUCAACUUUGCCGUCAGUUUUUGAAGGCGAUAGAUGCAGGGAGAAGCGACCAGGAUGGUAAAUGGGCGCCAUUUGUCGCAAAGAAAGGGGACUAG